AUGAGGCGCAUGCGCCUAGUGGGCGGGCGCUGGGGCAGCGGCGCGGUGCGGCGGGGGCGGGCGGUGCUCGGUGGUGCCGCCGCCGGGAGCAGCUGGAGCGGUGGGCGCGGCGUGGAGGCGAUCGAGGCGGGCGGCGGACGGCAGGGCUGGCGGGGCGAGUCGCGGGGCUCGCCGCAGCAGCUGGCGGAGCGGUACGCGGACUUGGCGGCCAGCCACAGCGAGGCGCUGCGGCAGCGGGAGGAGCGCGAGUGGCACAACGCGCGGCUGCGCCAGGAGAACGCGCGGCUGCGGCUGGAGAAUCGCCGCUUGCGCCGCGAGAACCGCUGCCUCUUCCGACAGGCCCUGCUGGGGCCCGGCCCCGACAAGCCCCCCGCCGAUCCGGGCGAGGAGGCGGAGGCCCUGCGCGCCCAGCUGGGGCGGCUGCAGGAGAAGCACCGCCGGGCCUUGCGGCAUCUGCGGCGCUGCCGAGCCGCCUGCCGGCCCCAGGCCUCGGGAGCCGAGGAAGGGGAGUUGGAGGAGCUGCUGCUGGAGGAGGACGAGCAGCCGCUGGAUAAGAAGAGCUUGGUGCCGGCCGUGUAGGCGGCCUCGGUGGAGGGAGUGGCGCCGGCUGGUGCUGCGGGCCCUCCCCGCCGCUACGGGCUAGGGGCGGGUCGCGCCCUCUUUGCUCCCGGCUGUGACUCCCCGUGCGGCGCGGGGGCUCCCCUUGAUCGAAACGGGCCUUUCCCACGGAAAGGGUAGAGUAGUUGUUCCGGUUUGUUAAUCCUUUUCCCAGAUGUUUACGCAGGUUCAUAUGGGAAGCUGAGGCUUGGAGCAUGAGAGGAAUCUCUAAAAGCGGCUGUUGGGGAGAAAAGAACCGCACUUAACAGAACACUUGGUCUCGUGGCAUCCCACAGCAUUGACUGUGCUUCCUUUGGAGCUGUGGAUCACCAUUUUUCUCUUGAGUUAGCGACCGUCACGUAGGCUUCAAGAGCCAUGGAAACUGACUAGUUCUCAUUAGUUGGUGUAUGUUAGGAAGAGGAGUGGAGGAAACUUGAAAGCUUUUGUCAGUGCCCGAGUAAAGUUAGUGAUCAUUUGAACUAUGAAUUGCCUUGGACACUUA